UUUACAACGGGACCUUAAUGUCGGGACAACUUAAAGUCUUAAAACAUGGGGGAGUCGGCAUGUCGCUGAAUACCUACACACGAUAGCAUUUGAUUCUUAAAACAAAUAUUUGCUUCGGGCUUUUGAGUCUGACCGACCCUACUUGUACAAAGGCGAGUUUGUUUGUAGGACAUACAGCACAAUCUUGUCGAGACGCCCUUCGAUCGCCAACCAACGCCGUUGUCCAUUAUCCAGACUGGCCAAAUUGACCCCCUUAAUACAAACCUACAAUAUUUAUCUUCAUACAUAACUUCGCUAGUGCAUCCUUUGAUUAUAGUCUGGGAGAAACAAACUAGCUUAAUUUCAACCUACCUAUAUAACUUCAUACAUACCUUCAUACAUACCUACCUUCAUAGGCAACUACAUAUACUUAUACAUAUUAAACUCAAACAACCACUCACCUAAAUCUAAGCCCACGAUGGCGCCUCCCAAAGGACCCAUCGUAACCCCCCUAACAACCCUCCUCGGGAUCCAGCACCCCAUACUCCUCGCCGGGAUGGCCCGCGUAUCCGGCGGCGCCCUCGCGGCCGCCGUCUCCAACGCAGGCGGCCUCGGCGUCAUCGGCGGCUUCCAGUACACGCCAUCGCAACUGCGCUCCAUCAUCGCAGACCUGAAGUCCGCGCUCGCCACGCCGGACCUGCCCUUCGGCAUCGACCUCGCGCUCCCGCAGGUCGGCGGGCGCGCCCGCAAGACGAACCACGACUACACCGGCGGCAAGCUCGACGAGCUGAUCGACAUCACCAUCGACAGCGGGGCCAAGCUAUUCGUCAGCGCCGUCGGCGUGCCGCCCAAACAGGUCAUAGACCGUCUGCACGACGCGGGGAUCCUGGUCAUGAAUAUGGUCGGACACCCGCGGCACGCGCAGAAGGCGUUGGACUUGGGCGUCGACAUGGUGUGCGCGCAGGGCGGCGAGGGCGGCGGGCACACGGGGUCCAUCGCCUCGUCGAUCCUUAUCCCGGCCGUCGCGGACGUGGCGAAAGCUUACAAACCGCGCAUGCUGGGGGGCCGCACGGCGCUCGUGGUAGCAGCGGGCGGAAUCAACGACGGGCGCAGCCUGGCCGCGAGCCUGAUGCAGGGCGCGGCGGGGGUAUGGGUCGGCACGCGGUUCGUGGCGAGCGCCGAGGCGAACUCGAGCGAGGCGCACAAGCGCGCCGUCGUGACCUGCGGAUGGGAGGACACCGAGCGCACGCUCGUGCUUUCGGGAAGGCCGCUGCGCAUGCGCACGAAUGCGUAUAUUGCGCGCUGGCACGCGCAGCCGGAUAAGAUCAAGGAGUUGUGCGAUGCGGGCGUUGUGCCGAUCGAGCAUGAUCUCGAGAAGAAUGGCGAGGCGGAUAUCGAUCCGCCGCAUCUGAUGGGCCAGGUCGCGGGGUCGAUUACGGAGGUUAAACCCGCGGGCGAGAUUGUAAGGGAGAUGGUGGAUGAGGCGGUGGAGAUGCUGAGGUUGGGGGGGACGUAUAUCGGUGGUGGUGACGAUGCGGGCGGGAAGGAGAGGAGUAAGCUAUGAGGCGAAGCAAAGCCGGGGAAGUUCGGAUGCGGGUGCGGGUUGCAGGGACGGGCCCGGGCCUGGGUGACGAGUAUAGGCGGCACGGGGAUUGGGUCCCAGUGUAUCUCCGGGCGUAAUGAGUUUACGUACGCAAUGCGUAUGUACAUUCGUAACGUACUAUGUUUAUUGGCACCGAGUUUAAGGCGCAGUAAUGGCGUGCCAAGGUGAUUGGCGAGCGGAAGAGGAACCGACCUGCCGGCAGUUGACUUCAGCGGCGCGGGGGGGGGAGAUUUCCAAGGUGGAUGUUAUUACAUAUACAUACUGUACGUACAUGACAUUAUGCAGUGUUACGUCUGGGAAUAGCCUAUCUCUGUAUCUACCUACCUACCUAAUAGACGUAUUUGAUUUA